ACUCGGUACUGUAUUUUGUGUUACUCUGCUUUGGGGGAAACAUGUUUCAUGCUAGCGUCGCUAUAGACAGUUGUCCCCCGAGUUCGCUUACUACAACCCCGGCCCGUCUAAGAACUGCCAUUUUGUGUAACUAUGACGCAAAUAUUAGGCCGGUCAAGGACCAUCAGAAUACAACAGCCGUGACGUUUCGUCUCCUUCUCAAAUAUUUUAAUUAUGAUCACUUUACUCACACCCUAAGUAUAGACGCAUGGCUCUCCGUAUUUUGGGUAGAUCAACAUUUGCGUUGGAAACCCAAUGAUUACGAUGGUAUUACCAGCAUCCAUCUGAAGACUUACGAGAUAUGGGUUCCCGAUUUGUCCGUAUAUAACAGAAAAGACCAAUCCGGGGAAGCGGGGGUCAUAGAACUCACGACCUGCGCAGUUUCCUACAAGGGACUGGUGCUGUGCGUGCCUCCGGUCCACACCGAAGCUCUCUGCGUUCCGAACCUGCGCAGGUAUCCGUUCGACGUGCAAAACUGUACUGUCAGGUUCGGAUCGUGGGUGCACAAGGGCGAGGAAGUUAAUUUGACGGUGCUCAAGCCGGCGGUAAACACGGACGACCUGAUGUCGAACGGCGAAUGGGAAUUGCUUGGGGCGACAGGAAUUCGGCAUUCGGGGAAUUACGCGUGCUGCCCGAAUGUCACGUAUCCGUCUGUGGAUAUCGCGUUCGAGAUAAAGAGGCACUCGGGAGCUCACGCUGCCAGUGUUUUGUUGCCGCUGUUCGCUUGCAUUCUUCUUACUUUGACAUCGAUGUGGAUGUCGCCGAUCAACAAAGACAGACUGACGCUCAGUUUCGUUAAUUUCAUCUCGCAAGCUUUACACGUUCAACACGUGUCGUUUAUGGUACCUUUAAACGGAGAAAAUGUUCCUAGCAUACUUGUUUUCUCCAGAGAUUCGAUGCUGCUGGCGGGUGUCAGUGUAAUAGCGACGAUAUUCUUGAAAUACUUAAUGGAAUCGAAGUCCCUGGCACCCGUCUGGAUAUCCGAGACCGUCACUUUUCUCGUCAGCUUUCGCACUGGACAAGCGUUGCUUCUGUCUGACAGCUCAUUAAAGGGUGUGGCGGAAGCUGAAAACAAGGAAGACGGGAUCACCAUCCUUCCCAACUCUGAACGGGAUUCAUCGACAGAUGUGUGGUUCAUGUUCGGGAAGCUGCUGGACAUUUUGUUCUUCAUAUCUUAUGUGGUUACCUACGCUGCCAUGUCACUUAAUUUUUAGUUACAGCUUUAUUAAAUAAUUAUAAUAAUAUAUUAAAUAAAAUAUUUGUUUAAUAUCCGGUGUUUAUUUGGUGAAUGUUUAAAAUAUUCAUGUAAUAUUGAUAUUCAUGAUCAUUAUGACUCUAAACUAUUUAAAAAAGCCACAGCCAAGAACUAGUUUUGAAUACAAGUCAAGCUAAAGUAUAUUUUUAAAGUAAUUUGAAUUUGAGGAUGAUACAUAUGUAAGGCCGAAACCUCGACGAAGGGAAUAUUUUACUAAAAACCGUCAAACGCUUUUCAGUAAUUGUUUCGCGACCAAAUUUUAUAUGCAACAUAUAAAAUAUUAAUUAAGGGGAAAAGAAAAGGGAAAGCCGGUUAUGGAAGAAUA